GUAGUUCGGCUCUAAUAGCCGUUAGCAUGUUAGCUCGAUAGUACGAUGUGUGUAACGGAACUUGGUCUUUUUUACAGUUGCGUAAAACAGACGGUUUGAAAAACAUGACGACAAUAAAAGACGGCGAGUUCACGGCUACCAUUUAUAAAUUGAUUAAAGAAAGCCACUACAAUGAGGCCAUUCACAUUCUCAAUGCUCAGCUGCAGAAACACACAAAGUCCAGGGCAGCGCUGUCUCUGCUGGGUUACUGCUACUACCACAUCCAGGACUUCAGCAAUGCUGCCGACUGCUACGAGCAGCUCACACAGCUCCACCCAGAGGUGGAGGACUACAAGCUCUACUACGCCCAGUCCCUGUACAAGUCCGGCGCCUUUCCUGAGGCCACGAAGGCCACGUUCGCCCUGGACAACAGCAGCAACCACACUAAGAUGCUGAAGCUCCAGUCCUGUAUCAAAUACUGUGAAGAAGAUUAUUCUGCUGCCAAGUCUCUGCUGGAGCAGCUCCCCCAGGACGACCCAGACUACAUCUACAAUCUGGGCUGCCUCCUCUACCAGGAUGGGAAGUAUGAGGACGCCUGUAAGAAGUUCAUGUCCGCCUUACAAGUGCUGGGAUACGUGCCUGCACUGUCCUACAACGUGGCUCUGUGUCACUACAGCCUGAAGAACUACGACCAGGCCCUCAAACACAUCGGAGAGAUCAUAGACCACGGCAUCAGGCAACAUCCAGAGCUGAGUGUAGGGAUGGCCACUGAAGGCAUCGAUGUCCACAGUGUGGGAAACACACUGGUGCUUCAGCAGACGGCGUUGAUAGAAGCCUUUAACCUCAAAGCCGCCAUCGACUACCAGCUGAAGAAACUGAAAGAAGCUCAAGAGGCUUUGACAGACAUGCCACCCAGAGCAGAAGAGGAACUCGACCCAGUCACGCUCCACAACCAGGCGCUGGUCAACAUGGACACCAAGCCUUCAGAGGGGUUUGAGAAGAUGGCCUUCCUUCUGCAGCAGGCGUCAUUUCCUCCGGUCACCUUUGGAAACCUACUGCUGCUCUACUGCAAACAUGAGUACUUUGACCUGGCAGCUGACGUCUUGGCAGAAAACGCUCACCUCACCUACAAAUUUCUCUCCCCGUACAUGUACGAGUUCCUGGACGCCCUGUUGACCUGUCAGACUGCACCAGAGGAGGCAUUUAGGAAAUUUGACGAGAUGAACGCCAAACUGACCGAACAGCUGCGGAAACUGAGCAAACAGCUGCAGGAGUCCAGAUUGGCUCGUGACGAUGAAGCUCAGAAGAAAACACUGGCCGAAUAUGACCUGAUGCACGAGAAGUACAUCGUGGUCCUCAUGGCUCAGGCCAAGAUCUACUGGAACCGAGAAAAUUUUCAGAUGGUGGAGAAGAUCUUCCGCAAGUCCAUGGAUGUCUGCAACGAGUACGACACCUGGAAGCUGAACGUGGCGCACGUUCUCUUCAUGCAGAACAAGUACCAAGAGGCCAACGGCUUGUACGAAUCCAUCGUCAAGAAGCACUACGAUAACGUGGAGCAGUGUAACAUUCAGGAGUGUCCCUGCAAGUGCAAACCCUCGAUUCUGAACGUGAGCGCUGUGGUCCUGGCCAACCUGUGUGUGUCCUACAUCAUGACCAGUCAGAACGAGGCGGCAGAGGAGUUGAUGAGGAAGAUCGAGAAAGAGGAGGAGCAGAUUUCCUACGAUGAUCCAGACAAAAAGGUCUUUCACUUGUGCAUCGUGAACCUGGUGAUCGGGACGCUGUACUGCGCUAAAGGAAACUACGACUUUGGGAUUUCAAGAGUCAUCAAGAGCCUGGAGCCGUACAACAAGAAGCUGGGAACAGACACGUGGUUCUACGCCAAACGUUGUUUCCUCUCUCUGCUGGAGAACAUGUCCAAACACAUGGUGAUGCUGCGAGACGCUGUGGUUCAGGAGUGUAUUCAGUUCUUGGAGCACUGUGAGGUCUACGGGAGGGAGGUUCCAGCCAUGAUCGAACAGCCGCUGGAGGAAAGCCCGGUCCACAUCGGUAAGAACACCGUCACCUACGAGGCUCGUCUGGUCAAGGCGCUUUUCUACGAGGUCAUUGGCUGGAACAAGUGAUGUCGUCAUCGUCGUUGAUGCUUUAAUGAACCAAACAACAGGGACUGACUGUGGCCAGAGAUGGCGCUCUGACAAGGAGAAGGUGAAGUCAGCAGUGAACAUUAACGCACAGAACAAAACACAGACAGCGAGUCCAGACCUGGACCUGAACCCAAGACCGUCUUUCCUCAUGUUUGAACUCAGUCUCUGUCCCUCAGACAUGAGCUGUGACGGGACAUGACUUUGGUAGAAAACGUUAAAAUAUUUUGUAUUUAUUUAGUCUUUACCAAAAUAGUGAUAGGUUUAAAAAAAACAUAUAUAAAUAUACACAAAAGGCACAUCUAUAUUUAGCUGUUUUUAUAUUGUAAUAUACUUAUUAUUAAAAGUGUUUAAAAGGUUUGUGCAACAUUUUUGACUAGUGAUUAACUUUUAGUAAGUUCUUAAUCCUUCAGCUCAUGUCUAAUAUUUUCCUCCUCUUUUUUUUUUUUAGCUUUUUUAUUGACUAAUCAUUGAAUUCUCUUUAGAGUGAAACACAGACCUGGACAUGUUUACUUUGGUUAAACCAGAUCGAAAGAUGAAAGGUCAGAUCACUGUGUUCUCCCUCUCUCCCCCCUUCCUCUCUCUCUCUCUCUCACACACACACACACACACACACACACACACGCAGCAGAGGAAAAUGUUUAUUAAUUCUAAAUGUUUGUGCCUCUGUUCAUCAAACCAUCAAAACCAAACUCCCAGAUUUGGUUUUAUUCAUUAAUCCUUAUCUGAGUCAACAACAGUUUAUGUUACACACACACACACACACACACACUCUUAUUGUGACACUUCUCUGUGGUGAGCUACGAUUUUGCAAGGGUGUCUAACAUGAUGUAACAGCUGUGGUUUUCUGCUCAGUUCAGACAGAAAAACACCGUGGGACUAAAGUAAACUCGAUGUAUUCAAUGAGGUUUCAAAUGUUGAUUAACUUUCUAAAACGACAGUAAAUCUCAGUUUAUCUGGGAUGGCCUUGGAAUAAAAUGUAUAUGUGUGUCCACCAGGGGGCUCUGGACACAUUUUAUAACUAGACCAAAACCCUUAGACAGGUAAAAAGAUAGGUAAGGUACAUGUUAGCAGAGAAGAAAGCAGAAAGGAAGUCAAAACAUUUUAAAAAUGGUUAGAUACACAAUGAAUAAGAAUGACAAGCUAAAUGUUAGCCAUAACAUUGAAGGGUAAUUAACAUAGCUCAAAGAACAAGAAUAAAACAUAACAUUAUCAUCAUGAUGAAGCAAAGCUUGUUGACAGCACAGAUAAAAACUAACAGCUAGAAGUAAAGAUUAGUGUAAAUGUUGUUUAAAGUUGAUCCAGAUCAACAGCAGGAAACAGGAAAUGACAAACAAAAU